AUUUUCAAUCAAUGCCCCUGAAACUAUACUUUUUGUAUAUUAAUUAGUGUUCUCACGGUCUCAAUAAUUCGUGAAUCCAAUUAAGUAUUCCAAAUUAAUUCGUAAUUCUCAAUAAACAUUUAAUUUAUAUAUUUUUUCCCUGUCAACAGUUCGAACCAGCUCACCGAAUUACCGCGGGAAGUAUGUCAGAUGCCGCUGCAGGUGUUGUUACUACCCGACAAUAUGCUGUCGACGUUGCCGAAGGAGAUCGGCAAGAUGUCGUCCCUGGCUGAGCUGGACGCGUCGAACAACAGGCUGACACAGGUGCCCAUGACCCUUGGGGAUUGCGCCGGCCUGAGGGCGCUCGACCUUAGCAAUAAUCAGUUGGGACUACUGCCGUUACAGAUCACAUACCUGAGGCUGGAACACUUGGACGUGAGCUGUAACUGCAUCUCGUCACUACCGCUGGAACUUCGCAACAUGAACACACUAGUUACGCUUAAUUUAGACAACAAUCCCCUCGUUUCACCUCCCACCACAAUAUGCAUGCGCGGGCGCGUGCAUAUAUUCAAGUACCUCGAGAACAUGGCGAAUAAAGACUCCUUGCCUGCCCACCGGCGGGUUGACGACACCCGACGUUCUGCUAAGCACAGCUCCUACAUCAACAACUCCCCGACACAGAGUACCACUCAUCAGAUCACAUCGGGUAAUGCCACUAUCGAUUGCUUAAGGCAUAAACCACGGCAUGUUGUCGACAGUGGCUACAGCACUGACGGUGUCGAUAAGAGGUGGUCGAAUGAUGGCAGUGGCGAUAUGGGAGGGGGCAGCGGUCGUUCCACCCCUAGCACACCAUCCACCCUGUCUCCUGGAGCGGCUCUAUCCAGGGCACAAUCGCUAUCCAGUGAGACCCCCCUGGCGCCACCGCUCACACCCCUCCUCACAGGCGUCCGUAUAUCACCCGAUGGGAACAUUUCGAAUGGAGACGAUAAGAGUAAAUUAGCCCAUCAACAAACCUACAGACAAUACAAAGAAGCCUUAAGACAACAACGCCAACAAGACAUCUACCGGCCCCGCACGGACCAGCCCUCGCCCGAGCUGGACUCGUCCCCGCACUCCCAGACCCAAAGCCCCCUUCACCACUCCCCAGUCAACGGCUACAGUAGUAACGUAUCCCCUAGUCUAUACAAAACAGCAUCUUCCAAUAGUAGCACCCUAACCAAUACCUCGUCACCAAACUUAUCCCAAGUGCCAAACUCCCCCCUCCUACACUCCACCCCCAGAAGAUUCCAGAAUCAGUCAACGAACCAAAACGGCAACGGAGUACCAGAAAAACAGGAAGAAAACAAAAGGCCCGUACAGAAAGUAGUACCAUCCAGAAAUGUGAACAAAAUGUACACAAAUGUAAAUGGGAAUGUAGAAUACAACGGACGCGUCAACGGACAGACAGACGCGUACAUAAAGCCUACAUCUCCCUCUAAAUCACCGACGAACACGUUAGGCUAUAACAGUAUAGGCAAGUCGAGUAUACCGCGGCAGGUGAACGGCGACAACGCCAAGUUGCUGACGACUAGUGUGUCGUAUUUAAAAGGUGCCGCCCCCAAGCCGCCCAGCAAGAUGGCGUGGAACAAGGACACGCCGCCGGACAAACUCAGCUUCACUAUGAAGAGGGAGUUCGAUAAGCAGAAGGAGGAGUUGGAUUUACUGCAGCAGUUGAGAACGAUAAUCGAGUCCCGGCUGAAGAUGUCCCUCCCGGAGCAGCUGGCGGCGGUGUUGUGUGACGGCGUGGUGCUGUGUCACCUCGCCAACCACGUGCGGCCGCGCUCCGUGGCCUCCGUGCACGUGCCCUCGCCCGCGCAGCCGAAGCUGACAAUGGCAAGGUGUCGAAGAAACGUUGAUAACUUCUUAGAAGCCUGUCGAAAAAUUGGAGUAGAAGAGGAGGUCAUCUGCUCGCCCGAAGACAUUCUGGGACCGCUCGCCGACAGCGGCGGACAACACAGUGUCGUGCCUCUCGCUCGCACUGUCGCCGCACUCUUCACACACGCCACGCCGCACGCCCCGCCUAAGGAUAUCCAAACAAGUCCCUACCACACCUACGAACAAACACACGAUGACUGCGUCGGAGGCGAAUACUACGCCAAUGAAGUCCACGAUACUUCUCUAGAAGUUAACUACUACCAAAGGCAGCUAAGAAGAUAUUCAGAAGAAAGAUUCAUUAGCAACUUUAACUUCUCGGACAAUAAUCAACACUACACCAUUGACGAAUCCGAAGAGUAUCUAAACACAGAAAAUAAUAACACCGACUCGGACAACGCCCAUUACUCGCCAGUAUAUGGCACGAAUGAGCUAAGAAACAGGGGACCUUAUUACCAAACGAACAGAGUGCAAUUUGUAAUGCCCUUCUGCAAGGAAGACCAUAUUUUAAAGAGUGAUAAUUUCGAAAUAUACGACACAGAUGAAGUAGACUUUCCAAUAGAAGUAAGCCGAGAAGAGGUGGACCCUGAACGAUAUGACAGGGGUAAAAUGAAUCUCGAUAUACAGAAUAAUCUGAACAGUGUGAUUUCUACUGAGACUGAUGUACCCAAGGAGGUUGAGAACAGAGUUCUCUUUACUUGCCUAUGCCUUGGCACUUUCUUCGUGUCUACAAUUUUGCUAAUUAUGUACCCUUUGUAAUCAUAAUGACCUUUUAUAAAACCUUUUUUGUUGACCUUAGUAAGUUUAUUCAAUAUUAUAACAUUUAGGUUUGUCGACAACGGUCAAGUGAACACAUUGCCUUAACACAGUGUAACUGUGUCUGUCUAAACGAAUUUUGAGGCUAGUUUUUUAGAUUGAUCUUUAAACUUAAAUUCUUAUAGGAAUUGGUAUUUGGACGGAUUUACAAUAUGUAAGAAUGUUUACGUGUUAAAAGACAUCGCGAUUGCAGUGAUUUUGUUUGUUUGUAUUGAUUCGUAUAGUUUUGUAAUUAUUAAUUGGUAUAUUCCACUUGUUAUAAUUUCAUUCCCAUUGGAGGCAUUUAAAUUUUAAUUAGUUUUUUUUUUAUACUUUAUACAUUUUGCCAAUUGGUUUUGUUUUUUUGUGGUUGCUAUUGUCGACGGUUUUGCGUGUUUGAUUGAUUUUAUUUUUAGAUUAUGUUUUGCAGACUGUAAUAUAUAAUAAAUUCCAAGGUAAUGGAAAUUGAAUCUACGAGGCAUUUUUCAGUAGAUUUUAACUAUAAAUAAAAAUCUCUGGGUUUUUCUGAAUAAGCACAAAAUUUGAGAGGUUUUUAAUAAGACCGCUGGGUGAAUUGUGCAUUUAAAAACAAACUGCAGCACAUAAUACUCCCAAUAAAUUUACAACUAUUCCACUGCUAACAAAACCUCUUUCCACAUUAAAAAGAUUUACAGUCUGCAACAAUAUAAUUUCUGAGAUCUCAUCGUUUGUUGUGUUGAAGAGUGAUUUGUUAUUAAGUAGUUUAAGACAUUUUUUUUACGAUUCAAAAUAACCUGCAAUGCAAAUUAUAAUGCAAUUCUAAAUCGUAGCAGCCGCAGGGUUGAGUAGUCUAUUUGCACCAAAAUACAAUUAUACACAUUUAGAUAGCACUCUUUACUUAUAAACGUGUUAGAAAUAAAGAUACGAAAAGUUAUAAAAUACAGUUUAUAAGUAAAGAUAAAAAGUUAAUAAACUAAUAAUGGAAUUUCUCAUAUUUAUAAUAGGAUGUUCUGUUAUGUGAUUCAGAUAGAAUAAGUAUUACUUUUUAAAUUUUAUAACAAGUUUUGUGUUUGUCAUUUUAUAAAAUAAUAUUAAAAAUAAUAAUUCUGUUGUUCUCUCUAUUUCCAAUAAUAUGAUCUUCGCAAUGUAUAAUAAUUAACUGAAUCACAUAACAUGACAAAGAAAAUAUUUCAAAAUUAAACUACAAUAAAGAACUCUAAAAAUAUUGGUGCAUGAAGUAUUAUGAAAAUAAAAAGGAAAUGUAUUAACUAAUAUAUUAAACGGUAAGAUACUAUGUAGCUUAGCGGUUUACUCGAAACUUCUUAUCAAAUAAGAAUUAUAUGCCUUAAUCGAAACAUCAUAUCGUUAUUGUAUUUAUAAUGCAAAAGCUAAGUUGGUUUUUAGGAGCUUUGGAACCUUGUGUAUUUGCAUAUGGAUGUUGAAAAGACAAAUUAUAGUGUAGAAAGAAUUAUGUAGUAACUAAUACGCAAAGAAAGUCAUUUGAAUGGUAUAAUGUAAAUACAUUCGACAUACAUCUAACCCGUUCCCUAACUUUCACUAAAUUGUUUGUCUCCGAUGACUGUAACAUAAAAAUAACUUAUUAGGCAUAAAAAUAAUUAAUUCCGGCGAGGCGCGUGCAAUGCAAAUAAUUAAACUCCAUAACUAAAUUGAAAAUGUAUUUGUAAAGAUAAAACGAAGAUAAAUAAUUGCUUUUGAGAUAGCAUUAUGAGGCAAAAUUUUAAUUAAAAAAGAGGCUUUUGACAUUACUGUAAGAGUGAAUUAAACGUAUGUAUUUGAAAAGACUUAGUUCAUAUACAAGAUUGAGUGAGAAAAUAUGCAAUACACAAGGCAUCGUACGUAGGCAACUUUUACAUCGGUAGCGAGUAGUAAUUUAGUAUUUCGAGGCUUUUUGCGUAACGUUUUUAUGAUAGAUAUUGAACAGACAAGUUUUAAAAGAAAUCUUAUAACAAAAGAUAUUCCUUAACGACACCAACCAACUAAAUUGAUGCCAAUAAUAUCAGUAUAAAUGUUAUUUACACACGAAUGUACCUAAACGAUGUUUUAAAGCAUUUAUGAAGUAAGAAUGACAAGUUUGAAGUAUAUUUUAAAAAGUAUAUAUUAUAUUGUAACCAUUCCAAAGAUGUGCUGAUAAAGACUGUAGCUUCUGUAACUCGUUUACAUUUUAACGUCUCGCUGUUUACAUUUUGUAUUAUACUAAUACUGAUAUUUUAAAUAUAUUAUACUGUUAUUCUUUUCUUAUACCGUCUCGCUAAUUGGCAUAUUUAAGAUUUAACCUAUAGCUAAUAUAAUUUGUCAAAAUUACUUUAUUUGAAUCGUUGAAUGUAACUUCGUGUAUAUUUCUUAGAAUAAGUUCCCUGUCAUACACGUGCAAGAUAAUUAUAUAUUUUUAAUUAGUAAAAAUACUGAAUAUUGUCUUCCAAUGAAUAAGAUCUAAAUAUGCCAAAUAGCUUCUUAAUAUCUAUUGUUUUUACUUACCUUCGGUUUAUUAUGAUUACUGGAUGUGAAAAUCAAUACAUUGUGACGUCACAGGUCACGUUGUCAGCUUACUAUAUGACGCGGCGGGUAUGAAAGAUUGUCGUUAACAUAUUAAGCAACUCAAAUAAAACCGAGGGUUAUUCUGGUCAUUAAUUAUUUGUAUAUGUGUGUGUUUUCUUUCUACGCUUCUUAAUAUAAAUCUUAUUUUUGAGCUUUAAAGUUGCAAGUACAAUGCUAAUAUUGUUAAGAGAUAUAGAUAUUUAAUAUAUAAUUUAAAGCUUAUAGCGUACAUAUAUUUAUUGGCUUGUGGUGCUUGGGUACUUAUUUAUAUAGACCAUAGAGACUGGUUUUAUAUAAUGUUUACUAUUUCGUUCGUAUUGUGAGUGUAUCUUAUAUCCAAAUUGAUUUUGGUAUCCAAUAUAAGUCGAGACAGAUAUGUACCAAUAUAUGAUAACAGACAUUUACACAUAAGUAAGCACAAGACAAAUAAAAUAUACAACAUGCUUAACGAUUCAACAGCGGUAGAUCCGUUGCUGUAGGUUUUAAACCUUAAAAAAAAAUCAAAAUCUAUAUUGACCAACCUUUAGUAACGUUCGCGCGUUCUUUUCUCAAGAACGAUCUGUCUUUUUAUGUUAAUUCUUCCAAACUACAAUGGUGGAUACGCCAACGCAAAACGUUAAAAAUAUUCUUAUUACUUAUAUACCUAGAUUAUCGAACUUAUUCUUUACACUAACACAUUUCUGCUCAAUUAAUUUCUUGCCAUAUUAGAACCCACUUAAAACCAGUCUAACAUCAUAUUCCAGUUAUUUAGGUUUACCUUAAGUUGAUUGGAUGAGAGUGUUUUGAAUAUUUUAUAUUAAAAUUCAGUAUUAUAUUAUAUUAGCCUGUAAUUUGCAUUUAUUAACACGCAUUUUCAAUUAAUGCACUUUGUGAGGUAUGAUUUAAUUAUUGGAAUCUAACUUAUAUAAGUUUGUCGAUAUGUUUUUUGGCUAUUAGUCAUAGUUUUGUAUUAGAGUUGUUUAAAAACCUUUUUUGUAUGUACUUACAAUGUUUCAACUACUUAAAGAAAUAAAUUUCUUAUUGGCAAA